CAGGUCUCGUCCAUUUGAAAUUUUGAACGGGCCAUCGCCGCCGGUGGAAAGAUGCGAGCUGUCCACCACCACCACCACCACCACCACCACCACCACCACCAAUACCGGACGCCAUUAUCGGAUCACGGAGAGCAAUACGAUUCGGUCCAGCCCAUGCAGCGCAGGAGGGCGAAUAAACAAGCGCUCCGCUCCACUACCAGCCCUGCUGCUCCACUGUCCGCUCCAACAAACAUACUCCUACGAGCUAACGGUGGGCCCGGCCGAGAAGAACAGCAUCGCCAGUGCUGGGCCCACGGUCAGUGGGCAGUAGAUUAGUGCUCUUCCAGGUCCCAGGCAGCCCGUGGCCGUCGAUCUCUGCCGGCCAACGACGAAGCCCCGCCUAUAAGUAAGGUCUCGCGUGGUUUGGCUCGCCCGAUUGAACGAAUCUCCUGCUAGUUUCUCGGUCGUUGUAUACAGAGUCUUUCUGCAAAACUUUGGGCAGAGGAAUCGCAUCUCGGCGAGCUCUCUUCUGGCGCGCAGAGGCUCCUCCGCUCAUCUUGCCUGAAUCUUUCUGCAAGGGAGGCCUGCUUUGGGGGGGGCAGUUCUUUCGCUUCUCGGAUCGCCGGGAUCAGCAUUGAGCUUUCAGUAAAAGAUUAAAAAUAUCAAAAACAGAUAGUUGCAUGACAACAUUCUUGUUUUCAUCUCUAGAAGAUCUUUUCACUAACCUUUUAUACAUGCUUUCUCAUGGCUGCAUUGAGCUUUCAGUAAAAGAUUAAAAAUAUCAAAAACAGAUAGUUGCAUGACAACAUUCUUGUUUUCAUCUCUAGAAGAUCUUUUCACUAACCUUUUAUACAUGCUUUCUCAUGGCUGCAUUGAGCUUUCAGUAAGAGAUUAAAAAUAUCGAAAAUAGAUAGCUGCAUGGCAACAUUCUCGUUUUUCAUCUCUGAAAGAUUUUUUCACUAACCUUUUAUACAUGCUUUCUCUUGGCUGCAUUGAGCUUUCAGUAAGAGAUUAAAAAUAUCGAAAAUAGAUAGCUGCAUGGCAACAUUCUCGUUUUUCAUCUCUGAAAGGUUUUUUCACUAACCUUUUAUACAUGCUUUCUCUUGGCAGCAUUGAGCUUUCAGUAAGAGAUUAAAAAUAUCAAGGGAUGCUGAAAUAUGUGCUUGCAUGGUAGAGUUGCUUGCCUAACAACCGGUGGGAUAGCCACAUAUAUCCGUACUUCACUUGAUUUUGAUGACAUCAGAGUACAAUAUGCACAACAAUUGCUCUAUGUGCGCACGGACAAUGGGACUAGGCUUGAUAGCUCAACCAUCACGUUAGGUUACUUUCUUGGAGGAGACGGGUGAAAAUUGUUGGUCAUUUACAGACCCCUUCUACAUCAUUUGGUGCUUAUCAUCAGCUUUAUAAGUUUCAAGAAAAAUAUUACUUUCCAUCCAUAAAACACCGGGAAUAAGAUGACCGAGAAAGAAAAUAUUCUAAUGCAAAGAUAUGAGAUGGGAAAGUUACUUGGGAAAGGGAGUUUUGCCAAAGUUUACCAUGCUCGUUGUCUUAAGACUUCACAUAGUGUUGCUAUCAAGGUGAUUGACAAAGAUAAGAUCUUGAAGUGUGGUCUUAUGGAUCAAAUAAGUCGAGAGAUUUCAGUGAUGAAGUUGGUGAAACAUCCAAAUAUUGUCCAACUGUACGAGGUGAUGGCUACUAAAACCAAAAUAUAUUUUGUGUUAGAGUAUGUCAAGGGAGGAGAGUUGUUCAAGAAGGUUCAACGAGGAAGGCUAAAAGAAGAUGCUGCUCGUAAAUAUUUCCAGCAACUAAUUAGUGCUAUUGAUUUUUGUCAUAGUAGAGGAGUUUAUCACCGUGAUUUGAAGCCUGAAAAUCUUCUUCUUGAUGAAAGUCGCAAUCUAAAGAUUUCAGACUUUGGUUUAAGUGCACUUCCAGAUUGCAAGAGACAAGACGGGUUACUCCAUACAAGUUGUGGUACUCCUGCAUAUGUUGCUCCAGAAGUAAUAAGUAGAAAAGGAUACGAUGGUGCAAAGGCUGACAUAUGGGCUUGUGGAGUAAUUCUCUAUGUGUUGUUGGCAGGAUAUCUUCCUUUCCAGGAUAAGAACUUGGUAGACAUGUAUAAGAAAAUUUGUAGAGCAGAACUCAAAUGGCCAAGUUGGUUUUCUUCAGAUAUCCGGAAGUUUUUGCAACGUCUUCUUCAUCCAAACCCUAGUGCACGGAUCUCUAUUGCAAAAAUCAUGGAUCAUCCUUGGUUUAGAACUGGUCUUGAGGAAAGAUUGUUUGAUUAUGCCAUGAAUUCAACAGAAAAUAUUAUGCCUGUUGACAUGAAUUUGGCUUUGGAUUAUUUAAAUGCAAAUACAGUUGAGGGUAAUCAAGCAGUAGAAAAACUUAUUAAUUUGAAUGCUUUUGACAUCAUCUCUCUUGCUAAUGGAUUUGAUCUCUCUGGCAUAUUUGAGGAAACCUCAAACAAGACGGAGACUAAAUUCACAUCUACCAACACAGUUUCGACAAUCAUUACAAAGCUUGAGGAAAUUGCAACAAGCUUACAACUAAAGGUAACAAAGAAAGGUGGAGGGUUGCUGAACAUGGAAAGUUCCAAACCAGGAAGAAAAGGUGUGAUGUCCAUAGAUGCUGAAGUAUUUCAUGUCACAUCAAAUUUUCAUCUAGUGGAGAUCAAGAAAACCAAUGGUGAUACCCUCGAGUAUCAAAAGGUUAUGAAACAAGGUAUGAGGCCAGCACUAAAAGACAUUGUGUGGGCUUGGCAAGGUGAGCAACCUGAAAAAGAGAAGCAACAAUCUUAGAUGCUAUGACAAGUGUAAUACUAGUAGAAACUCCCAUUGUUGAUUCAAUAAUGUACACUUCUGUUUCGUUUCCGAAUCCUCAUAUUUUUAGCGUAGAAUUUUACGUUUCUAUUGGCUACUCAACUGGAAAUGGUUUCUAUCUUGAGAA